AUGUCACGAUUUUCUGAUACUAAUAAUACUCAUGUGGCUGAUGAAGGCUUCAAGCCAAACGGAAAAGAUGUAGAAGGACACUCCUCGUCAGAUCCGGCAUUUACCAUCCAUGGAGAGCAUCCUGUUAUUGCCGACAGGCUUGCGCGCAAGCUGUCAGCUCGUCAAGUUCAGAUGAUCGCGAUAGGAGGAACGAUUGGAACUGGUCUUUUUCUAGGAACUGGAAAAUCGCUUGCAACGGGUGGUCCUGGCUCAAUGCUCAUCGCUUAUUUGAUCGUUGGUGGCACCGUCCUCAUGACAAUGAUGGCCCUCGGAGAGAUGGCUGCUUUUGUACCAAUUGCUGGCUCCUUCUGUACGUUUGCUGGCCGAUUCGUCGAUGAUGCAUUCGGCUUCGCUCUAACUUGGAACUAUUGGUUCAACGAUGCCGUCAGUACAGCUGCUGAUUUAGUGGCUUUGCAAUUGGUCUUUGCAUACUGGGACACAGCAAUGCCUGGUUGGGCGCUGAGUUUGAUAUUCUGGGCGGUGUUGAUAUUGGCAAACAUCGUUACGGUCAGAGCCUACGGUGAAAUUGAGUAUUGGCUUUGCCUCUUGAAAGUCAUAACAAUUACGAUAUUCAUCAUUUUGGGAAUUGUCUCCAAUGCAGGUGGUAAUCAAGGGCUAGGAUAUAUUGGAGGCAAGAACUGGCGUGUUGGUGAUGCACCUUUUGUUGGAGGUAUCGGAGGCUUUGCAUCUGUAUUCGUUACCGCAGCUUUUGCUUAUGGCGGCACCGAGUCAAUUGCGAUUACAGCUGGAGAAACCGCUAAUCCAACCAAAAACAUCCCCCGUGUAGUCAAGAAUGUCUUCUGGAGAAUUCUUAUAUUUUAUAUCUGCUCGGUGCUGCUUAUUGGACUUAAUGUGCCAUACAACACUCCAGGAUUGUCGAAAAGAGACUCAGCUGUUUCUCCUUUCACGAUCAUCUUCCAACAAGUUGGAGCACGUUCAGCUGGAAGUUUUAUCAACGCCGUCAUUGUUACCAGUGUCAUUUCAGCUGGAAAUCACGCGCUCUUCGCUGGAACCAGACUACUUUACUCCCUCGCAGUCGAUGACCAUGCUCCAAAGGUUUUCGCGAAAUUAAAUCGAAACAAGGUCCCAUGGGUGGCGGUUCUUUCGACCAGUUUCCUUGCUGGCCUCUGUUUUGGCGCUUCAUUUAUCGGCGCUGGUCAAUUAUGGACAUGGCUGCAGAACCUCGUCGGAGUCUCAAAUCAAAUCGCAUGGGUUUCUAUCGGUAUCACCUCGCUCCGUUUCAGAGGUGCCAUGAAAGCACAAGGCAAAGAACAUCUAUUGCCUUUCAAGAAUUGGACUUAUCCAUGGGGACCUUGGAUUUGUGUGGUCUUGAACAUCUUCAUCAUUCUCGUCCAAGGCUGGAGCUCGUUUAGCCCUAAGUUUGCAGCUGUUGAUUUUGUCAGUUACUACAUCCAGUUGGUGGUCAUGCUUGUCAUGUAUGUUGGAUGGAAGUUGUUCAAGAAGACCAAGAUUGUGUCGUAUGCCAACAUGGAUCUGGAAAGCGAUGUGCAUACUGUUUCCGAGGAGGAUCUGAAGUUGAUGGAGAAGGAAAAGACGACGGCGGGUAAGUUUAAGAAGGUGCUCAAUUGGAUAUUCUAG